AUGAGAUUACAAUUGGAAACUCAUCAAAGUAAAUUGAUGCCUCUCUUGGUCCUGGACAUUGCUGUUAGCUGUCUUCAGCUUCAGAAGUAGAAGUGGUGCCUGAAAAAAGGUGCAAGGUCUUUUUCAGCUGGGACAAGCAGUAAAAUGAAUUCUGCUGGAAUGGAUGAAAAAAAUGAUCACCCAGCAGUUAAACCUGAAGAAGAACUAAGUGUAGCCAACAUCUCAGUCCAAAUGGUAACUGCAGAAGAUAAGUUGGCAAAGAGGAUUCUGGCAAGGAAAAAACAUGACAAAUUGAAAUUGAAGAAAAAAGAUAAGUUGCUGUGGAAUCUUCAAAACAAAAUAAUUCUCUUUACCCUCAUUCUAUUCAUUUUAGGAGUUGUAACCUGGACAUUACUGUGGCUCUUCAUUGUUCAGGCAGAAAACAAAGAUGCAUUGUAUUUUGUUGGACUGUUUCGUGUUGCCAACAUAGAAUUUCUCCCAGAAUAUAGGCAGAAGGAGUCGAAAGAAUUCCUUUCCAUGGCACAGAAUGUGCAGCAUGUGAUGAAUUUGGUCUACGCAAGCUCCUCUUUCUCCAAAUUUUAUAAGCAGUCCACAGUUUCAGAAGUCAGUAACAACAACAAUGGAGGCCUCCUUAUUCAUUUCUGGAUCAUAUUUGUGGUACCACAGGCGAAAGGCCAAGUGCUGUGUGAGGAUUGUGUGGCUGCCAUUUUAAAGGAUUCCAUUCAGACAAGUAUCGUUAACCGGACCUCGGUGGGAAGUCUUCAGGGCCUUGCGGUCGACAUGGACUCCAUUGUACUAAGUGCAGGUCUUCGGUCAGAUUAUUGGUCAACAACAGGAACAGGAACAAGUUGUAUGUAUGAUCUGUAUGCUGAUCGCCUACAUGAGCACUUUCCUCUGGAUAUCCAUGCUGCCUCAGGGGGAACGAUCUGCUAUUUUAAGCUGAUUGCAUCAGUGGGCCAUCUUAUUCGUCUUUCAAUAGUAUCCCUUCAGAUUGAAGCAGAUAACUGCAUCACUGACUCGUUAACUGUUUAUGACUCUCUGAUGCCAAUCAAACAUAAGAUACUGUACCAAGCUUGUGAACCAGCUGAUUCAUUGGUGUCACUUGUGUCCACAAAUAAUCUCAUGCUGGUAAUGUUUAAGGCAGCGCAAAAAAAGGAACGGAAGGAAUUCCAUGGCUAUUUUGAGGUCAUUACACAAGAAAGGUGUGGAAAAGCAAUAGUGACAAAAGAGAAAAUUGGCUAUGAAGGGAGAAUCACAAGUCCCUAUUACCCAAGCUAUUAUCCUCCAAAAUGUCUUUGUGUGUGGAACUUCCAGACUCCACAGAAGAGCCUUGGUAUAGCUCUGAAGUUGCAUAACUAUACCAUCAGUGAGAAGAAUAUUAAAGGUUGUGAGAGAGGAUGGUGGAAAAUUAAUGAACACAUGUACUGCGGUUACUAUGUCGAUCACCCAACAGUCUUCCACAUUGCAAGUUCUGCUGUCAACAUCGAGCUUCAGUGCAGUUCGAAGGUCUCAGAGAAGCCACUUCUGGUGGAGUAUGGCAGCUAUAACAUCAGCCAGCCAUGUCCACCUGGACAUUUCAAGUGUUCUACUGGCUUAUGCAUCCAGCAGAUGCAGCGCUGUGAUGGGAUAAACAACUGCUUCGAUGAAAGCGAUGAACUCUUUUGUGUUGUCCCUGAGUGGAACUGUAACUCCAGCUUCGCAAUACAGGAUAACCUGCUUGCCUGCAAUGGAGUAAGUGAUUGUGAGAAUGGAAAAGAUGAGCAGAACUGCACCCACAGUAUUCCUUGCACCAACCACACAUUUAAGUGCAGGAAUAACAUUUGCAUUAGGAAACAAAAUGCAAAGUGUGAUGGGACCGUGGACUGUAUUGAUGGAAGUGAUGAAAGCAGCUGCAGUUGUGGCAGCAGCAAGAGCAGCAAUCCCAUCUCUCGGAUUGUAGGCGGUACGAACACUGAGGAAGGUGAAUGGCCCUGGCAGGUCAGCCUUCAUUUUGUGGGAGCUGCUUACUGUGGGGCAUCAGUGAUAUCGAAAGAGUGGCUUGUGUCUGCAGCUCACUGCUUUCAAGGGAGCAAGCUGGCUGACCCCAGAGCAUGGCGUGCUCACCUGGGAAUGCAAACUCAAGGCCAUGCAAAGUUUGUAUCUGCAGUGAGACGGAUCAUCGUCCACGAAUACUACAACAGCAGGAACUACGACUAUGACAUUGCACUGCUGCAGCUGAGCAAGCCAUGGCCGGACACAAUGAGCCAUGUCAUCCAGCCGAUCUGCGUGCCUCCCUUUUCGCAUAAAGUCCGCAGUGGUGACAAGUGCUGGAUAACAGGUUGGGGCCAAAUGCGGGAAACGGAUGAUGAAGGUUCAGCAAUUCUUCAGAAAGCAGAGGUAGAAAUUAUUGACCAAACGUUAUGUCAUUCCACAUACGGGAUUAUCACAGCUAGGAUGUUUUGUGCUGGACUAAUGUCUGGGAAAAGAGAUGGGUGCAAAGGUGAUUCCGGUGGACCGUUGUCAUGUCAAAGUAACGGAGAUGGAAAAUGGUUUUUGGCUGGCAUUGUUAGCUGGGGUUAUGGAUGUGGAAGACCACGUUUCCCUGGUGUCUACACAAAAGUAUCAAAUUUUGCUCCAUGGAUUCACAAAUAUGUGCCUUCAGUCUUGUAACUUGAAAACUGUUUUGCUGGUAUAAAACACGUCCUGGAUAUCUUCAUUAAAAAUCACAUUUGGUAAAA